AUGUCAGCUCCUUCCACAAUCAGAGUGUUUUACAAAUCAAACGUCUCAGAGGAAACGAUUUCCCAUCAUAUCCAUCAGCUUCAAGGUGCCGGAGUAGGUGUUUUAAAGAUUUUCCUUUCUGCUGAUGAGAUAGCAGCAUAUGAAGGAGGGUAUACGUGUCACGUCAACGACACCCGUCAAUUGCAUCCUUUCUAUACUACCUUUGCCGCUUCUCUCGUCGAGGUGCGCCCAGAAGGACGGCUUGCCCCUGAAAUCCAAGAGGUGAUUGAGAACCAGAUCGUUCCAGCUAUCGAACAAUCUCAACAAUAA